AUGUAUUCGUCAGGUGCGGUACAAUACGGUGGUGGUAAUAGAAUACCAGAAAUGACAAAACCACCCGAAGAUGAUUUUGUACUUGAUUUAAGCGUGAGAACUCAAAUAGACGGUGGUAAUGGAUGUAACGGUGAAACAACAACAAUUUACGGCGACGGUAAACCAACGAGGCCGUUUAAGGCAUAUCCAAAAAAUUUUUUAGGUUUAGGUACGACAGGAGGUAUGAUAGACGAUUCGGAUAUAAGAUAUAUGGAAUUCAGACGACAGUUUUUAUCACAGCUACACGCGACGAUUGGCGGAACCGCCGGUAAUAAAAACAUGAAAAGGCCGGUACAAUCUGUGAGUCCGAAUCAAUAUCCGUCAUCGUCAUCUGGUGACGGUAAGGAUCAGGCAUAUUGGGAAAGGAGAAGGAAAAAUAACGAAGCGGCUAAAAAAUCAAGAGAUGCGAGAAGAGCUAAAGAAGAUGAAAUUGCAAUUAGGGCAGCCUUUUUAGAAAGGGAAAACCUUCAAUUAAGGUUGGAAUUAGCAUCAUUAAAAAAUGAAAUUGAAAGGUUGAGAUGCGUCCUUUAUGCUAACAACUAA